AUGCAAGGUCCUGGAAGCUCUAUUGUUAUUAUUUGUAGAGUUGAUUGCAGGGGAGAUGCAGAAAAAACUUAUAUGUUGCGUGUUUCUUUGAACUUGGUUCGAUAUCAGUUGCCAAUGGUGGUUAUAGUGUUUAACAAUAGUGGUGUAUAUGGUGGUGACUGGAGGAACCCUGAAGAAAUUAUAGGACCUUACAAGGAUGAUCCUGCACCGACUUCUUUUGUCCCUAGUGCUGGAUAUCAUCUUCUAAUUGAAGCUUUUGGGGGAAUGGGUUAUCUUGUUGAGACACCUGAUGAACUCAAAUCGGCAUUUUCUGAAGCUUUUUCUACACGGAAGACUGUUGUCAUAAACAUUACAAUUGAUCCAUAUGCUGGUGCAAAAAGUGGGAGGAUGCAGCAUAAAAACUGA